AUGGUAUUUCACUAUCCCCUUUUGGGUUUAUUAAUAAUUUUUGGCACCCCGAUUUCAGCUAAUUUAAACCAUGCCCAAACCAAAGCUUGCCAGGCCGUGUUUAGCCCAGAAGCAAUGAAACUGUCCUGCUGUCCUCCUAUGGACCAGUUUGUGGAACGGAUUAGACAUUGUCAGGAAAAGAGUGACUCUUCUGCGUUUUCGUGCUCAGUAUCAAAAUGCGUGGUCACCAUUUACGGAAUUACAACCAACAAUAAAAUCGACGAGAAGAAAUGCAGAGCUCUUCUAAAACGGCUGACAAAAGAAGACAAAGCGUCGGAGCCUCUGAACAAAAUGAUUGAGAAGAAUUGCUUGAACGGCCAGUACAAAAAGUACGUCACCAGCGACGUUAAGUGCGACACUAUGAAGUAUCAAGUGUGCGCUUAUGUUAAUUAUUUGCUUGGUUGUGUGGAAUUCAACAAAACGCCGAGAAGUUGUAAGAAGAUAGCCAAAAACGUAAAAACUUGCAAGCCAGUACUUGAUCAAUACUUGAAAAAAAUCAACUCGAAACGAUGUAAUAGAUGUCACCCAUGAGUUGGUGCCCAUUUUCUUUCACUAUAUAUAAUUAAUUUCUUCCGUAAAAUGGGUGAAAUAAAACGAGAU